GCCGGGAGGAGGGGCGGGGCCCCGUGAGGAGGGGCGGGGCCAGACGGGUCCCUACGGGGGCCAUAGGACCUGGCCCCGCCCCCGCAGGGCCUUUGGGGUCCCCUCAGGGUCUGGGGGCGCCCCAGAGGCCCCGCGGGGCCGUGGGACCCCCCCUGCACGGCCCUGCAGCGCCUUCAGCGCCUCCCAGCCCCCCCUGUACCAGGACGCCGUCGCCCGCCGGGCUCUGCGGCCCACGCUGCUCAGGAGCGUCUCGGUGCCGGCCGAGCCCCCCGCGCCCCCCGCCAUGGAUGUCACCUACGCCGUGGUCAACAAGCCCCGCCGGGGGGGCGGAGCCGCAGGGCGAGGCCCCUCCCCUUUGGGAAGAGACCACGCCUCCUUCGGACGAGACUCCGCCCCUUCGGGCACGUGCUCGCUGCCGGGCAGCCCCGUGCGCCGCCCCUCGCCCGGCCCGGCAGAGUCCCCCAGAGCCACGGACGGCGCCUACGAGGUCGUGACCCCCCCCGCAGACACCGGCAGUGGCCCCUGCCUGGGGUUUAACUUCCGCAUCGGGAAGCCCAAGGGCCCGCGGGACCCCCCGGCCGAGUGGUCCCGGGUGUGAGGGGGGGGUCCAGAUCCCUGGGCCCCCUCCUCACAGAAGAGAGGCUGCAGUGGAACCUGGCUGAUCCUUACCGAGCCCAAUAUAGACAAAAACGAUUUAUUAUGACAAAUAAAAACUGAUUGUGAGAGACCCAGCCGUGCCUGGGGGAGUCCA